UUAUGGUCUUCAUCUGGCACCUGUCAAUUUGUCAAUAUUUUUGAUUUCCGAAAAAAAGGUUGCCGAAUUUGUCACACAAUAACAUGGACGAAAUUGAAAAAGAAAAAAUAGCGGCUCUGCCUUCACAAUUACUGGUUACCACAAUAUGCCACCCCAUGGAAUAUGCGAAGGUCCUCAUCCAACUCGGAUACGAGCCUUUACCGCCGCGGCGUUCGACAACCCUCUUCGGUCGGCCCGCUAUGAUAUUACCUAACGUCUUUCAGUACAUAAAGUAUAUCAAGAAGUCCGAUGGUUUCUUCGGUUGCUACACGGGAUUGUCGGCGAGAGUGCUCGGUUUGAUCGCAUCUAGUCAACUAACCUCGAAGGUUAUACACGUCUGCGGAAUCGACCUCCCUGAGAUCAACGAUCCUCCAAACAUUGUCACCGAUGAGGAACCCAAUCUAGAAGAAUACUACAAACUCGGACGUCGGGACAUGAUCAUGCACACAGCAUCAGUCAUAGUGUCAUACCCUUUCCAUGUAGUGUCAGUUAGAAUGAUGGCUGCAUUUAUUGGCAAGGAUGAGGAAUACAGCUCUUUAUUGGGCGCGAUUGUAUCGAUUUACCGAGACGACGGUAUUCUGGGCUUCUUCCACGGUAUAGUGCCCAAGUUGUUUGCAGAUUUGACAUGUGUCGCUGUCACUGGCAUUUUGGCCUACUAUGUAAACAAAUAUCUUGUGAAAACGAAAGACCUAAGAUACUACACUGUGCCAUUACUUACAUUUGUGACUAGUACGCUAACCUACCCACUAGUGGUAGUGUCAACUUGCAUGGCUGUUGCUGGGAGCAGCCUGAAGGCAGGCAAUCCCCCACUGAUGCCUGUCUAUCCAUCGUGGCAAGCGUGCUGGCGAGACCUUCUAAGGAAUAAGCAACACAAAAGAGGUUCAUCCCUAAUCUUUAGGUACUACAUUGCUCCCAUUGCAGCCAUGCAGUAAUCACCUCAACCCUAAUUUACUAUUGCAUUUAUUACAUUGUGUUUAUUCGCUAAGUGUUAUUCCACAAUCACCAAAGUAGAGAUUUUGACCUCUAGUAGAGACAUAUGUGUAAAGUGAUUACUGUAAAUAAUUUAGUAUAAAUGAUGUUUCAUGUGAAUUCGUUUUGCUAGAUUGUUGAGAACAGGUGGGGUUAUAUUUUAAAUAAAUAUAUUUUGUUUCAA